CCAGAGGAACUUAACUGCCAGCGCUGAUAGACCCAAGAGCAGGAUUGCCUGAGACAUGGAACGAGAACCGAUGCGCAUAAGGGAGGGCUACUUGGUUAAGAAGGGCAGCAUGUUUAAUACCUGGAAGCCGAUGUGGGUCGUGCUCUUAGAAGAUGGAAUCGAAUUCUACAAGAGGAAGGCUGACAGCAGCCCCAAAGGGAUGGUGCCACUAAAAGGAAGCUCUAUUCACAGCCCAUGCCAGGAUUUUGGCAAAAGAAUGUUCGUCUUCAAGCUCACUGCAGCCAAGCAGCAGGACCACUUUUUUCAAGCUGCCUACCUGGAGGAGAGAGAUGCUUGGGUCCGGGAUAUAAAGAAAGCAAUUCAUUGCAUAGAUGGAGGACAAAGGUUUGCCAGAAAAUCCACAAGAAAGUCUAUCAGACUGCCUGAAACAAUCAACCUGAGUGCUUUGUAUCUCUCAAUGAAAGAUCCUGAAAAGGGAAUAAAGGAGUUGAAGCUGGAAAAAGAUAAGAAAGUGUUCAAUCACUGCUUUACAGGCUCCUGUGUGAUUGACUGGCUGGUGUCUAGCAACUCCAUCCGAAAUCGCAAAGAAGGUCUCAUGCUUGCCUCUUCCCUCUUGAGUGAAGGCUACCUACAGCCCGCAGGGGAUACAUCCAAGGCUGCUGCCGAGGGACUGUCGGACACCCCCUUCUUAGAUCUCAGUGAUGCCUUCUAUUACUUCCCAGACAGUGGGUUUUUCUGCGAGGGAAAUUCUAGUGAUGAUGAUGUGGUCCUGAAAGAAGAAUUCAGAGGCAUAGUAGUCAAACAAGGAUGUUUGCUGAAACAGGGACAUCGGAGGAAGAACUGGAAAGUGAGAAAGUUUGUUUUGAGAGACGACCCUGCAUAUCUUCACUACUAUGAUCCUGCUGGAGGGGAAGAACCGCUAGGAGCAAUUCACUUGAGAGGCUCCGUGGUGACAGCGGUGGAAGAUAUGCCAGACUCCAAGAAGUAUGAUGUUGACAACAUCCUCUUUGAAAUCAUCACAGCAGAUGAAAUCCACUAUUACUUGCAAGCAGCCUCAUCCGCAGAGCGUACCGAGUGGAUCAAAGCCAUUCAAGCAGUUGCUAGGACUGGAAAAUGAAGAUGAUCUGCCAGGCAGAAGACAGCCAGCUGAAAUUAGUUACUCAAAACAAAACAGGAAUUGUAGCAUUUCACUGAGAGAAAGCAGUAUCAUCCAGAAAGGCAUCCUAAGGCUUG